AUGGCUAGCAAAGACGUCAGCACCUGUUGCAGUUCCCACGACUGUGGCGGUACCCCUGCAGCUCCUGACUGUGGUGGUACCCGCAACGGUGAUGUGGUAACCCCAAGUGGCGCAGAUCCCGAGUCCUGUUCGGAUAAUUGUUGUGCUGAAAAGCCUGUUUCGAGCGCGCAAACUGAAGCGCCAGCUCAAGAGGACGAUCAGCCCUGCUCCUGUUGUUCUGGUGACGAUAACGAUGAUAAGCCGAAGUUCGCAGACGCAGCUAAAAGAGUGCCAUGUUGUACUGGAAUCGACGGAGAGCGUCUUAAUUAUGCUUCCGUCGAUGACACGUCACCCGACGACCAAGAUGGGAAGGAAAAAGUUCUCACUCUCAUGGUUGUUGGCAUGGACUGUCCAGCGUGUUCUCCAAGAGUUGAACGAGCACUGAAAAGCCUCGGGGUGACGGACGUAAAGGUGGACUUUGUCAGUGCUCGAGCGAGUUGUAACUACAUCAGUGGCUCUAUCGAUCCCGAGACUAUCCGCCGCAAGGUGGAAAACGCAACCGGAUUUAUUUGCACCAUUGCAAGCUUGCGAAAUGGCCAACGUACUCUCCGCGUAUCUUUCUCCCCCGCCGGUGCCCCAGCCGAGGACAUUCUUCAAGCACUUUUUGGUCGCGAACAAGAGAUUUUGAAAAUUUCUCGCGCGGAUGUUCGCUUCACAAUCAAUUCUGCGGCACGUUACCCGUCAGCGCGUGAUAUCCAUGGAGCCCUGCUUGGGCAAGGAUGGAUGGUGACACCAGUUAACGAAGAUGACGGUGAGACGGCCAUAGAUGAAGCAGCGGCGCUUGACCUUCGUCGCUCGAUCUGGCGCUUCCUUUUAUCUGCAAUUCUUACCAUUCCGGUCCUAGUCAUAUCGUGGUCCAGUGGUUUCGAGAGUCAAUUCGCUCUUCGUGGUGGGAUCGCUCUCGGCCUCGCGUCCCUCGUCCAGAUAUUUUGUGCUGGUCAUAUCACUCUCGCUGCAGGACGCGCAACCAUCGUUGACCGACGUUUAGAUGCCGAUGUCUUAAUUUCUCUAUCUUCCCUCUCUGCGUACCUCUAUUCCAUGGUCAGCUACGGAUAUAAUGUCGCCAAACAUCGUGUCGAUCUCGAUAGCUUCUUUGAAACGAGUACCUUGCUCAUCACACUGAUCCUACUCGGCCGCCUCGUCUCUGUCUAUGCACGGAAUGCAGCCAGACGGAGCUCUGUUGGCCUCACUCCUCCUCCUAUUGAAGUCGCACAUUGGAUUGAUCCCAAACUCGUUAAUAGUGCUCAAGAUAUUCACACGGCAUUGCUAGAAGUAGGCGACACGGUCGUUGUUCAUGCAGCUGAAACCAUACCAAGUGACGGUAUUGUCGUCACCAACACGUCAGAUAUCGACGAGUCUUUGAUUACUGGCGAGACCGUUCCUAUAACCAAAGGCCCAGGAGCUCCGGUUCUUGCAGGAACAACAGUCCUUGGUCCACAGUCAUUAUAUAUCCGUUUAUCGAAAACCGUACAAGACAACUCACUGGCUGAAUUACGCCGUUUAACUGCAGAAGCGCGCUCCUCCCGAGCUCCUAUCCAAGAUACAGCGGAUAGGAUUGCGCGUCGUGUUAUUCCUAUUGUAUUGGCUGUUUCGGCAAUCUCGUUUAGCGUGUGGACGCUAGUGCUCAAGUAUGCAAGGCAUGAGUCCCUAGGCAAGGCAGUCGCAGACGGUCUCUCUUACGCCGUCGCGGUAUUAGCUUUGUCAUGCCCAUGCGCUCUCACUCUAUGCGUCCCCCUCGUUGUUCUCUACGCACGGAAUGCAUCCCAGAAGUCACAGUUUUCUUUGCUCUUUAAAUCCUCUGCUGCUCUCCAGAACGCGCGCGCCGUUACCCAUGUCAUUUUCGAUAAGACAGGAACGUUGACGACCGGAAAGAUGAGAGUGGUGGAGUCAAAUUUUGACGAAGCCAGUGGAAUAUGGAUUGCAGAUGACGCCAAUAGGCUGAUCAAGGCUCUCGUUGCGGGUUCAGAACAUCCUGUGUCGGCCGCUGUGGCCCGAUAUCUGGCUUUGGGUGCUGAUUCAGUCAGCGACCUAGACAAUAUAGAAACUGUGGUGGGCAAAGGUAUCCAAGCCAACUGGAAUGGCUCUAUCGUUCGGGGAGGAAGCGUCAGCUGGUGCGCGGUACAAGAUGUUGAUUGCGUAGUUAACAUGCUGGAUGCAGGAAAGAGCGUCUUUGCUGUAACAGUUAACCACAUCUUCCUCGCUGCCUUCGGACUGGAGGAUGACCUUCGUUCCGAGAGUACCGAGGUUGUGUCGUCUCUGGUAGCACGGGGAAUCACAGUGUCCAUUCUGAGUGGAGACCACCAGAAGGCCGUUGACGGAGUGUGUCGCAGGCUUGGAGUCGAGGGAGUCAAAGCGAAGGGGAACUGCCUACCGGAGGACAAACGGGACAUAGUUCGUAUGACUUCGUGGAGCGCGUCCUGCUCGCAGGACGAUGUCGAGUCUGGACAUGAGCAUAGUGAGAAUCACGCCGAAGCGCAUGCUCAUGGAAUGCCACAGCAAAAGAAUAUUGUGGUUUUUGUUGGCGAUGGGAGUAAUGACACCGCAGCUCUCGCCCAAGCAGAUAUUGGCGUGUCCCUGGUGUCGGGAACAGCUAUAGCCAUCAACUCGGCUGAUAUCGUUAUACUAUCCGGCAGUUUGAGGGGCUUGUUGCAGACAAUCACGGUGUCGCGUCUGACCUGGCGUCGCAUCGUGUUGAGCCUCACUUGGGCGCUGUCGUACAACGUCUUGGCCGUGCUCUUUGGAUCUGGGCUCCUUGUUGAUAUCCGCGUACAGCCUCAAUGGGCUGGAUUGGGUGAAUUCGCCUCUCUCGUGCCAGUGCUGGCGAUUGCUCAGUCUUGUCGCUUUUUCAAGUGAAGAAGCAGAAAGCAAAGAAGA